AUGAGUAACAACCAAAAGAUCGGGGCCUAUUAUGCCCCCAAGGGCGGUCUUCCCCCUCAAACUCAACUCCUCACCGACAGAGCAAUGUUCACCGAAUCAUACGCCGUCAUUCCAAAGGGCUGCUUCAGCGAUAUCGUCACCAGCUUCCUACCCUUCUGGGAACAGACUCGUCUAUGGGUCAUCGCCCGUCCCUUAUCUGGCUUCGCCGAGACUUUUUCUCAGUACAUCAUGGAGGUUGCGCCCGGUGGUGGAAGUGACCGUGCUGAAAUGGAUGAUACCGCUGAGGGUGUCUUGUUUGUCGUUGAGGGUGAAAUCGUCGUUACGCUUGCUGGUGAGGCGCAUACGCUUCCUGAAGGUGGCUAUGCUUUUCUGCCGCCUAAGUGUGGAUGGACGCUGCGCAACAAUUCUGCUCAACCUGCGCGCUUUCACUGGGUGCGUAAAGCCUACGAGGCUGUUCCUGGUCUCGACGCACCGGAGGCAUUCUUCGCCAACGAAAAGGAGAUCGAGCCCAGAGAAAUGCCCGACACGAACGGUGCAUGGGCGACAACCCGUUUCGUCGACCCUACUGAUGUACGACACGACAUGCACGUCAACAUCGUCACGUUCCAGCCCGGCGGCAUUAUUCCUUUCGCUGAAACACAUGUUAUGGAGCACGGUCUUUAUGUUUUGGAGGGUAAGGCGGUUUACAGACUGAACCAGGACUGGGUCGAGGUUGAAGCGGGAGAUUUCAUGUGGUUGCGUGCUUUCUGUCCUCAGGCUUGUUAUGCGGGUGGGCCUGGAAAGUUUAGGUAUUUGCUUUACAAGGAUGUUAAUCGUCACCCCAAGUUAACAAGGUAG